AUGUUUGCCCGAACAUUGCUGCUCGUGCUGGCCGCGAUUUCUGUGGAUGGCACCAGGGUGUCUAUGCAGAACUUGGCCACUGCCGAGGCCUCUGACCUUGAGGCUCAGCAGAAGAAGCAGCUCGCCAAAACGACUCAGCUGUUCCAGCCCCAGGCGCAGCAGGAGGCGCAGCUCGCCAAAGCGAAGAAGCUCUUCCGGACCCUGCUCCAGGACGAGGAGGCAGAAGUGACUGAGAAACCCAUCGCGGAGACGAGCGUGCCGCCUACUACGACCACCACCUCCAUGACCGCCACGAGGGGGCAGCCUCCGGCCAUCUCCGUCGAAGAGGCUGCCAGGCGAGGCGAUGUGGCGGCCCUCACGCAGCACCUCCAGGCCGGGACCGACUUGAGUGCCAAAUUGAACUGUAACUCUUUCGGAUGGACCGCGGCGCACCGGGCUGCAGAGUUUGGCCAAGUGGCGGCGCUGAAGUUCCUCCACGAGGCAGGUGUCAACCUCAGCGCGACAGACAACGACGGUUUCACGCCGGCCGUCUUUGCCGCCCGGGAGGGGGAGACGGAGGCGCUGGAGUUCUUGGCCAAGGCGGGGGCCGACCUGCAGAAGGCGAACCGACAUGGACUGACCCCUGCGCACGCUGCCGCUUACCGCGGCCACGUGGACGCCCUGCGGGUCCUCAUCCAGGCCGGUGUCGACCUCAACGUCCAAGACUCUAUCGGAAACACGCCGGCCGAUUUUGCUCGCGAAGCACCAUCCAGAGGCGCUGAAGCUUCUCCUCGAGGUCAGCGAGGGAACUAG